AUGAACUUGAAUCUCUCGGCAUCAUUAAACAUUACAAGACUCUUCUUCAAGCCGAGUCUUUGCCUGCCCCAUCACACCGUAUCCACCUUCAAUGACCUGCCAAUCCCUUUGGAGAAGGGACUGCAGAAGGAUGGCCGAAAGGUAGAGAUCAAGGCGGUCGUCCUUGACAAAGACGAUUGUUUUGCCUACCCUGAUAGUAUUGAAGUCUAUGGCCCCUAUCAGACUCACUUUGAGAAACUGAGGCAAGCAUACCCCGGUCGGAAGCUGCUCGUGGUGUCAAAUACCGCCGGUGCAACUUCUUGGGACAAGAACAUGAAGCUAGCCUCAGAGGUAGAGAGGAACACAGGCGUUCCAGUGCUUCCUCACGCAGUCAAGAAGCCGGGGUGCGGGGAGGAGAUCAUGGAAUACUUCCAAAAGCAUCCAGAAACAGGCGUCACUGACCCUGCGCACAUUGCAUUCGUCGGCGACAGGCUGACAACGGAUAUGAUGCUCGCAAAUAUGACUGGGGGUUGGGGGUUCUGGGUGAGAGACGGGGUGAUCCCUUUCGAGAAGAAAAGCAUUUUUUCGAGGGCUGAACGACACUUAUCAUCGUUUCUCCUUUCUCGAGGGGUUCAAGCGCCUGAGCCUCGCAGCAUAUUUGAAGAAUAA